AUGGUAGGUACAAACUCCCUUAAGCGAUUUCUUAAAAAAAAAACUCUUGGUACAGGGAAACACAAAGAUAAAUAAAAAACGUAAUGGCGUCGUUACGUUGCCAUGGCGACUCCGAUUGCAAUAAAACCCAGACUCAUAAGAAAUUUUCAUCUUUGUAUAAUACAGUUCUGUAAUUUUUUUCCCAUAUCUUUACUCAUGGCGACGUUGUUAAUGCUCAAACGUGGGAGGUAUCCCCCCAAAAAAAAUUCAGUCGAGCCACCUUAAAUUCAUGAUCAUGCGCUAGAUCAUUUUUUAAGCACUAGAACGUUCUAAUUAAAGGGUUUUAUUGUAAGCUCUGAUAAAAUUAAAUGUAGUAAUGUCAUAGUAAUGUUAUAUGAAUAACUAAACGUUUUGAUACCAAACUACUUACAUACUUACUUCUACCGCAAAAGCUGUUUCGUGACAACGUAACCUAAAAAUAAUCAGGAGGUACGGUCCAAAAUUACACAGUAUCUUUUAACCGCUUGAACUUUACGAGUGUGUCUUUUUAAAGCUAGGACCUUUGAUUCGAUUAUACUUGCUGAUUAUUUUUAUAUUUUUAGCUGUUUUACGAUGACUGGGAGUGAUUUCUCGUGCGCUGUUUUGUCGAGAGCUUUGGGCUGUGACUCUAUAUGCAUAUACAGUGUAGACUAUUUAAUUAACCUUUUUCAGGCUUCUAUCAGCUAUUUGUGUUAUUUGUUAAUAGCUUAUUGUCACCUUGUAAAGACAGGUAUACUUUUACUACUGCGUAAUUUUUCAACAUUAUUUGGCUACCGUUGACUUCUAUUUUGUCAAUACAAUACAACACAAUGAAACACAAUAAACUUUAUUUUACCUCGAAAUUAGGAUGGCAAAUGUAACAUGCUAAUAUCUCCGAGAGAAAAGGAAAGGAAAAUAAUAAUAAUAAUAAUAAUAAUAAAACUAGUCCAAUGACAAUAAUCAUUAUUACCAAAAACCUAUUAUUAAUUUAUAAUUCUAAGAACUUAUUCUAAUUUAAAAAAGGAACAGCGGUCAGUGAAGAAGUCCAGACCCCUGCUGGCGGAUUUAAAGCUUUGAAUUGUGGGCGAAGCCCUGAUGGAAUUAGUUGAUUAAUCUAAAGCUUACCAGCACUAUAUAUCAGAGAAUGUAAACCAUAUUUAACUUUGUCAAAUUAAUCUCAACACCAUACAUGAAGUUUCUUUGGAGCUAACCUCGGCCUAUUGCCUAUUCUUAAUCACAGAAAUCGACUCCUCUCCAGUGAGUACCGGGGAAAGUUUACAGAGGACUGACACAUGCAUACACAGAAGUCCGACGCACCGAAUGAUCAAGGUAAUUUCUAGUACGGGCGGUGUUGUCACUGAGAAGAAUAUCAAACUGGUUUUCCCUCCUGGAGCAGUAGAUUAUCCUGAGUCUGUAAGCAUUUCGUUAGAGGAUCCUUCCAGAUACUAUGGCCUUAUUGUUCAAAACAGUCUUGAAAAUGACGUCAUAUUUGGUGCACCUGUCAUUCGCCUUCAACCGGACGGUCUCUUGUUCAAGAAGCCUGUCACACUGACGGCGAAAUUUGAAAUAGGCGAUUUUGCUUGCAAUGAUAUUGUUAUUUUGAAUGGAAGGGAGGAACGCGGUGGAAUGAUCACCUGGGAAGAUGUCACUCCUAACUCGGUGGCCACGACGCUUGAUAAGCCAAAUGCUAAAGUGCAGAUUGAAAUGGAACAUUUCUCUCUCACUGCUAUCUUAUUAACUGUGGUGAGAUUCACUCAGCUUCACUUGCUAACUAGGUUUAACUUAAUGUCAUUCCACUACACCUUAUCAGUGUGGCUUAACGACAAGUCUCCAAAAAGCGACGAGCUUGCCUUGUUGUUCGUGAGCCAAGAUGUCUACCAUGAACAGUUCUAUGAGGAGCAAGAAACCCGGCUAUGA